AUGGACAAAAAGGAAACGAACAAAAAAGCAGAGAGCAAUUGUUCCGUUUUGUUAGAGUGUCCGGUAUGCGUCCAGAUUUUCGAGGAUCCUAAGGUGCUCGACUGUGGCCAUUCUCUUUGUUCAAACUGCUGCGACCAAAUAAGGAGCUUUGACGUCAUCGUGUGCCCGGUAUGUCGCGCGACCACGCAGGUUCGUUGCGAUGGUUUGCAGACCAACUUCUGUCUACGGGAUCUGGUUCAGCACCACGUGAUCAUAAACAAGAAAAGGAAGUAUUCGUGCACGAGUUGCAACCGACCAUGCAGCGAUGACGAAUGCUGGCUUUGUUCGGAUUGCUCAUCAUCGUUGCUUUGUUCGAAAUGCGCCAUCAAAGCCCACAACGGUCAUUUUUUGCAGGAGGUCAAUGACCUGGUGCAAAAGCGUAAUGAGGAACUGAUGCGAUGGAACAAAACCGCGGAACCUGCUGUUCGAGAAGCGAUAUUGAAGUUGAAACAGAUUCAAGUGAACUGCAUUAGAAUCGAACAACAUGGUAAAUAGUA